UGAAAACAACAAAACCGCGGAGGGAAAACCAUUGGAGUCGGUGUGUUUGCGCAGGUACGUUUACAGCCCUCACCAAUGGCCUCUUUGUUGGCCAUCCGCCCCCUGCACAUAAACAGCCCUGAGAAACAGGGUUUAACACACACACACAGACGACACACCGUCACACGAUCUUCGAACGAACAAUGGCCUUGCCAAUUGGUUCUGGUGAGCCUUCGCCAUCAGAUGCGCACAUGCGGGAAUUCACCUUCCAGCUGGUCUUUGCCUCACGCUAGCCUGCCUGUAGCAUCUAUGAACAUCUCUCACACACGACACACGACCGAAAUCGCACCUUUUGAUUUUCCCUGUAGGUCUGCAGCGACGAUUGGGCCCCGGACUUUGUGUGGGACAUCAAGCGCUCGGCGCUGUGUCCCCCUACUUUGCCAGCCGCUAUGGCUUCGCAACGUCCUGCCUGGUGGUGGCAUGGAGUGGGGACAAUCCCUGCUCCCUGGCGGGCUUGGGACUCCAAGUGCCUGGAGAUGUGGCCAUCUCCUUGGGCACUUCGGACACCAUGUUUGCGGUGAUGUCGAAGGCUUCGCCUGGGGAGGAUGGCAUGGUGUUGCGGAACCCGGUGGAUCCAUCCUCUUACAUGGGAAUGCUGGUCUUCAAGAACGGCUCGCUGAGCCGGGAGCAGGUCCGAAAGGAGCAUUGCGACGGACAGUGGGAUCGAUGGGAACAAAUGUUAGCUGAGACAGCACCGGGCAACGGCGGUGCUAUUGGUUUCUACUUUCAUAGCCCAGAGAUCACCCCGACCACCGGCGAGCAGUUCGGCAUUUUCCGCUUCGAUGGAAAUGACCAGGAAGUGGACAGCUUUCCGAGCUCCACUGAAGUACGGGCAGUGGUUGAGAGCAAGUUCCUGGCCAUGAGGGGCUUCGCACAAGGGAUUGGAAUGGAGGAGGUGAAGCGGAUCAUCGCCACUGGCGGGGCCUCCUCCAACAAAGGCAUCCUCCAAGUGCUUUCGGAUGUCUUCGAUGUGCCUGUCUUCACUCUGGAGCAGUCGGACUCUGCCUCGCUGGGCGCUGCGCUGCGCGCGGCGCAUGGCUUUCGCUGCGCACAGAAAGGUGGAUUUGUAGCCUUUGCAGAUGUGGUGGCUGGCAAGAUUGACUACAAGUUGGCGGCCGAACCAGCUCCCGGUGCCAAGGAGGCCUAUGCCCAGGCUUUAUCACGGUACUUGCGCCUCCAGAAGCAGCUCUUGGAGCGAUUGCAAAACGUGGCGAAGAAGCCGCGGGUCACCUAAGAGGCCUGGAUCUGCUCAAUGCCGAAGAUGCCCAUGGAUUUCCGAAGACGCCUCAUCUGCAGCGCAUUUCAAUGAGUCGCGUCCGCCUCAUGGUGUAUAUAUUCAUUGUGGAACGUCCAGCAGUCCACCAAAACAGCGCUUUUGCGUGCUGUGCAGGCUGCGCGCCCUUCGACACGCUCGCUCGCGC